UGUCCCCGAUGAAGCGUCGUUUUGUAAACGGACGAACACUCAAUACCUUCGUCGGUUUCAUUUCCUCUCUCUCCUUGCGCGCGCGCGGUGCUUAACGCUCUUCGUCUUCUCAACCUUCUCAAAUCUCACUCCACUCUCAACAUUUCUUCUCUUUCAGAUCUCUCACUCAACAAAAUCUCACUUCCAACGCCAUCCUCUAGAUCCUUAAUCCUCGCUUCAUUUUUAUUCCUCUCAAAAUUUUCAAACCCUUGUUUCUUGUAUGAUUCAGCAACUAGAUCUCUGCUUUCGGGCCUCUUGAAGAAGCUAUCUACUCUGUUUGACAGAUGUUUGGACAUGGUUUUUCCUAUUUCAGCUUUGAUCUGCAUUUAGUUCUCAUGUAAUAUGGAUUUCAGAUUGAACUCGGAGGUGCAUAUGCUCAGAAAUUGUUCUUCGCGGAGGUUGUGUCAGUUUGACGGCACUUAAUUAUUGAAUUCUUCUUCGGAGGUGAAUACGGUUUAGAAGGUCUGGAAGAAAACAUGUUCUGGAAGGACCGCGAUAGGGAUAACAAAGAACUCAAUGGCGGUCCUCUCUGUGGGCAGGUUCGAGUGCUUGUGGUUGGUGAUUCAGGUGUGGGGAAAACUUCUCUUGUUCAUCUAAUUGUAAACGGUUCUUCUAUUUCUUGCUCUUCUCAAACAAUUGGCUGUACAGUUGGAGUUAAGCAUAUCACUUAUGGAAAUGCUGGUAGCUCUUCAAGUAGCAUAAAAGGUGAUGCCGAGAGAGAUUUCUUUGUUGAACUUUGGGAUGUGUCAGGACACGAGCGCUACAAAGACUGUCGCUCCCUUUUCUAUUCUCAGAUUAAUGGUGUCAUUUUUGUUCAUGAUCUUUCCCAGAGAAGAACAAAAUCAAGCCUACAGAAGUGGGCAGUAGAGAUUGCAACAGUUGGGACAUUUUCGGCUCCCUUAGGAUCUGGAGGCCCUGGUGGCCUUCCUGUUCCUUUUAUUGUUAUUGGUAACAAAGCGGAUAUUGCUGCUAAAGAGGGUACAAGAGGAAGUAGUGGCAAUCUAGUUGAUGCUGCUCGCCAGUGGGUUGAGAAGCAGGGUCUACUUCCCUUCAGUGAGGAAAUUCCAUUAACUGAAAGUUUCCCUGGCGGUGGAGGACUUAUUGCUGCUGCCAAAGAGGCAAGAUAUGACAAGGAAGCUGUGACCAAAUUUUUCCGCAUGCUCAUCCGGAGAAGAUAUUUCUCAGAUAGUUUACCAGAAGCAAACACUUGGUCCAUGUCUUCAGUUCCAAAAUCUGUACAGCGUCUAGAUGAUGGUAUCAGUGAUGAAGACCAGUCCUACAGCCGUGCUAGUUUAACCAAUGAAACGUACAAGUACAACACACUUCCUCCGCUCCCAGCACAGCGCAAUCUUACUCCACCGCCAACACUUUAUCCCCAGCAGCCAUUUUCGGCUUCUGAAAACUACAACCUUCCAAAAUUUGCUCUUUCAACAUCCCAGGAGAUAAACAAUUCUACCAGAUCAAAGCGCUCUGAUAUUAACGUAUGAUCGGUCAAAUGACGAGGUUGGACAUUAGCAGUGGCUGUGGCAUGCUAUAAAUAUACCUUUAUGAGUUGUCUGCACUUUGGUUGAUAUAAAAUUAGUUCAUUAAUUCUUUCAUGGUUUCAGGGUUCCGUCUCUGUAACUGGUGCUUUGAUUCAUUGUAUGUUUAAUGAUAUGCUAUAAAACAACUACGGCCCAUUCUUCCCGACCAACUGUUUGUUUCCUUGCAUCACAAAAUUGCUUUUUAUUAUGGUUUAGACACACGGGUAUGUAUAGGAUAAAUGCAUUUGUUUUGAAGGUUCAGAUACAUUUUUAUUCGGUGCUCAA